AUGAUUGAUUUUCAAACGUAUUUGAAACAUGGUUUAUUAUUCGAUGACAAUAAAAAACAAGCCUUAAGAAAUUAUAAAUAUGCUUCAGAAGAUCAAUCUUUCUUAGCUCCCUCUAUUCAUAUAAAUAGGCGAGAUGAUGAUGAUGGUUUGAAUUGUUUAAUAUAUGGAAUAGCUUUAUUUAUUUAUCAAACAUCGGAUGCACUUGAUGGAAUGCAAGGUAAAAGGGUUCAUAUGUAUGAAAAUGCGACUACUGAAAUAUUUGAUCAUGGUGUUGAUUCCAUUGUAACAAGUUUAACAAUAUUUGUCUUAUUAACAUCAUUUAUUGGUUUUCAUUCUCCAACUUAUGAACAUGUUGUUACACGAAAAAUGAGAUUUCAAUCUGGACCAUGCAAUCCAACAGAAGCAUUAAUUGGCAUGCAAUUAAUAUUCUUAAUCACAGCUAUUUAUCCAUCAUUGUGGACUUACGAAAAGUCGAAAUUAUUCUUGAUGCUAACUAUUGUACCAAUUUUAUCAUUUUCAGCUAUUUUAUCUUUUAUAUCAUCAUUAAAACAAAUACAUAUCUAUCAUAAAGGUGUUAUGAGUAUGACCUUAAAAUCUGUAUUUCGUGGAUAUUCUCCUCUUUUAUUUGUUAUUAUUUGUGCAUUUCUAUAUUUACCUCAAGUGUCUAUAUUAUAUAAAAAGCAUUCGUUAAUGUGCUUAUUGGCAAUAGCUAUUCCAUGGAAUUAUUCAAUCUAUCGAACAAUAAUAACUGAAAUAACUAAUGAUAAGAAUUUCGAUACAUUUGGAGUAAUACUUGGUCAAAGUCCAAUAUUAUUUUCAAUAGUUGCUGCAUAUUUUAUUCCAUCAUUAGUAAUGAUAACAUUAAUUAUAUCAAUUCUAUUGAAUGGAGUUUUCUAUAUAUAUACAGUUCAUUUUACGUUGAAAGAAGUAUGUCAUGCAUUAUCAAUGAAACAUUUUUGGACUGUUAAAACAGAUUUUCAAACGAAAAAAUAA